UCGGGAGGGACUCCGCCCGGGGUGGGGUGCAGUGCGGGCGGCCCCUGCUCCCGCCGGUUGAUCGCGCGCCCCGGAGCCUCUCCAGCUGGUUCCUAGGCACCCAGUGGCCUCAGCCGGGGAUCCGGGAACCGGGCCGGGAGCGGGCAGCCCGCUUUUGUUUUAGGGAAGCCAGUGGUCGCUCUGUGCGGUUCCUGCCUGGGGCGCGGGUCUGUGUUUCUCCAGGGGGCUUGAGACACCUGGAGAGAUGGCCGAAGUAGCCCCAGGUUUGGGGUGACUUGAGUGGGAGAGGAGCUAGGCCUGGGAGGAUGUGGGGGUGUCCGACGCCUGAAACACCUGGGAAGUUGCGGCUCCCGGGAACAUGUCACCUGCUCGGCCAGCUCUCGGUUCCCCUGGACCCUGGGAAGCCAGUACGGGACACGUCCAAGUAGGGAUGAAUGAUUUUGGAAUCAAGAACAUGGACCAAGUGGCUCCUGUUGCCAACAGUUUUCGAGGGACACUCAAGCGCCAGCCAGCCUUCGACACCUUUGACGGCUCUCUGUUUGCUGUGCUUCCUUCUCUCAGUGAAGAGCAGACGCUCCAAGAAGUACCCACAGGCUUGGAUUCUGUCUCCCAUGACUCGGCCACCUGCGAGCUGCCUUUGCUCACUCCCUGUAGCAAGGCGGUGAUGAGCCAAGCCUUAAAAGCCACCUUCAGUGGCUUCCACAAGGAGCAGCGGCGUCUUGGCAUUCCCAAAAACCCCUGGCUGUGGAAUGAGCAGCAGGUGUGCCAGUGGCUGCACUGGGCCACCAACGAGUUCAGCCUGGUGAAUGUGAACCUACAGCGAUUUGGCAUGAACGGCCAGAUGCUGUGUAACCUCGGCAAGGAGCGCUUUCUGGAGCUGGCGCCCGACUUUGUGGGUGACAUCCUCUGGGAACAUCUGGAGCAGAUGAUCAAAGAGAACCAAGAAAAGACAGAAGACCAAUAUGAGGAAAACUCACACCUCAAUGCAGUUCCUCACUGGAUCAACAGCAAUACAUUAGGCUUUGGCGUGGAGCAGGCUCCAUAUGGAAUGCAGGCACCGAGCUACCUCAAAGACGGCCUCCUGGAUGGCAUGUGCCCGCCGUCAGCCACGCCUGCGGCUCUCGGCUCUGAGCAGGAGCUCCAGAUGUUGCCCAAGUCUCGGCUCAACACCGUCAGUGUCAAUUACUGUUCCAUCAGCCAGGACUUCCCCGGUGGCAACUUGAAUUUGCUCAACAGCAGUUCUGGAAAACCCAAGGAGCACGACUCUCCCGAGAACGGUGGGGACAGCUUCGAGAGCUCUGACUCGCUGCUGCGGUCCUGGAACAGCCAAUCGUCCCUACUGGAUGUGCAGCGGGUACCUUCCUUCGAGAGCUUCGAGGAGGACUGUAGCCAGUCUCUGUGCCUCAGUAAGCCGACCAUGUCCUUCAAGGACUACAUCCAAGAGAGGAGUGACCCAGUUGAGCAAGGCAAACCAGUUAUUCCUGCGGCAGUACUGGCUGGCUUCACUGGAAGUGGACCAAUCCAGCUGUGGCAGUUUCUUCUGGAGCUACUCUCUGACAAGUCCUGUCAGUCUUUCAUCAGCUGGACGGGGGACGGAUGGGAAUUCAAGCUCGCUGACCCCGAUGAGGUGGCCCGCCGGUGGGGAAAGAGGAAAAACAAACCAAAGAUGAACUACGAGAAGCUGAGCCGGGGCUUACGCUACUACUAUGACAAAAACAUCAUUCACAAGACAUCGGGCAAGCGCUACGUGUACCGUUUCGUGUGCGACCUGCAGAACUUGCUAGGCUUCACUCCGGAGGAACUGCAUGCCAUCCUGGGCGUCCAGCCUGAUACGGAAGACUGAAGUCCUCAGGACCACCCUGAGGCAGCCCCGGGCCCCAGGGACUGAGUGGGAAGCCCGUCCUGACCCACUUGCUCCAAAGACCCAUGGGAGGGCAGGAUGAAACCCCUCUGGGGAGAGCCACCAAGCAGCAGUGGCCUUUCAUCUCACGCCUCUCCCACAAGCCAACUCUCCAUGGUGGAAACUGACAGGGCCUCUCUGUCCUGUAUGAGACUCUGAAGGGAAGAGUCUCCAGGAAGCCACCGUGGCACCGAGCAGGCCGUGUGCAGAUCACAAUCGUUGUGGCUAUUUGAGAUGCUCCAGGGAGCCAGCAUGUGGUGGAUACACAAACACUGAAAAACAUUGUUUGGCCACCGGGAGUAUCCAGCGCAAACGCCACCUCCGCUUGAGAGGGCUGGGCAGAUGGAUGGUGUGAUUGCUCCAUUUCAGAAGUCAGUUUGUCUGUAUAUAUUAUUGUAUCUUAUAAUUGUCCGAAUCCUGCGACAGUUCUAUUUAACAGAAGUUGUAUAUUGUAUUUAAAGUAAUUAUAACUUGUUUGAAUCAAGAAUGCAGAUACCUGGUAGGUUAUCUUUUUUUUUUUUUUUUUCACUAGCACAUAGGAACGCUAUUUUUCACAGAUUUGAUCUCUUAGGGGCCAACUGAGAGAAAUCAUAAUAUUCUGUUUUUGUUUUAUUUGCCAGCAGGAAUGGGGUCUGAAGGAUGACCCUGGUUUUUACUUUUGUUUUGUUCUGUUGUUGUUGUUGUUGUUGUUUUUGUUCUGACUGGUUCAUUCUCCAGUCAGGACUUUGUAUAUAUAUUUUUUUAUAAGAAACAUAAUGUUAUUAUUCGAGGGUCCAUGUGGCCUCUCCGCUCUUUCCUGGACUGUAAAGCCGUAGAGCAGUAUUUUUCUUGACCAAUGGCACGUGUUUUCCACUUCCCUGCAUGCCUUAAGCCAGUUUAUACACAAAUGUAUUUUAUUUUUUGGCGUAACUGUGUUUUCCAGGCAACGCCCCUCCCCCACCCCACAGCCAGUCAUUCCCUUCCUUCACCCCAAGGUAUUCUGUGUGACUACAAUAAGAAGACUAUUUUUGGAAAUUUAUGACUCCUUUUCAGAUAUCAGAAGGGAUUUAUGUAGCAGCUAUUUUUACUGCAAAAGUAACUCACUGGAAAAAAAAAUGCAAUUUGUACGAAAGCUUUAUUUUUAUCUCUGUCGUGUGAAGGGAGGUGUGUCGGGCGGGCAGGGGUGAGGGCAAUCAGGAAAGAUCUUCUAUCAGCUUUGACCUUAAAUGAAGCGUGGUGCUUCCUGUCUCGCUGACCUGCUACGUCUCUUACCAUCUGGGCUGCAUGCUCCUCUUUCUGCUCCGUGUGCUCAGAGAGUUUGCGCCUCUUUUUUGGGGGGUGGGGUGGGGGUGGGGUGGAUACCUAGAAGCACAGACAAGGCAAGCACGCUGGGAAAUGGUGUAUUGGAGCAGUCUGUAUGAGGUUCUUAUGUGGUGAAGGGCUAACUCCCCCAUGAGACCCCCAUGCUUUCAUCCAGUCAUAUGGUUUCUAAAGUGAAUGGGCUUCUCCAUUUACCAGCAUGGUGGCCUCAGACCAGAUAUUCAUAAAGAGCCUUUGAGACCACACAGGGGAUGCAGGACCAGCUGGGACCUGCUGUGCCAGCCCUGGGUUGCCUUGGCCUGCAUGCCCAGAGAGAAAUGCUUUGCGGUUUAGCACAGGGACCUGUUUGUCGCCGGGACAUCUGUGUGUAAUAUAAACAGACAUGGGACUAGGAACAUACUCGAGUCAAAAGCUUAAUCCACAGUCAAUUUAUACGCAGUCGAGCCACAUGAAAUUGCCAAGUUUAGCCCGAGUUUUGUCAGCUAAGAUGACGGUUUUACAUGGUUGAAUCUAACAGUCAUGGAAGUCCUCAGAAGUCUUAGGCGUGGUCUUAAGUAUGAAGGUUUUGUAAUUUGGCCUCCUCUUUCUCAAAUAAUAAAGUAUUUGGUUUAUGACAA